AUGGUUGCUUUGAUAUCCUUCGUCGUUGUUGCUCUUGCUGGCACCACCUUGGCUCGCCCGGGCUUCAGGUACCCAGACCUUGAAAUCAGAGGGACAGGAGGAGGCCACCAGCCUCCAAUGACAACCGGCAACCCUCCAACAACCAACCCCGAGCCUACUCCUACUCCCAACCCUCCAAACCCGGGUACUGAGACCAUCACCACUACUCGAACGGAUACUAUUACCCGUACCACAUUUGUCCCGUGUUCUACCCCCGUUGCAACCAUUCCAGGCUACACCUGGUACAGCACCUGGCUCACAGCUUCCACCUACACUACGACGACUUGCUAUCCAGUCACCGAAACUCAGGCACCCACAGAGCCUGCCCCUACGCAGCCUCCAGAGACUACUCCCACGCAACCCACAGAGAACUGCCCACCACAGGUCACAGUCACCGUCACCGUCACCGAAUGCCGUGGAGAUGGCUGCGGAGAGCCGCCAGUUACACCUCCACCAACUGAGCCUACUCCUCCACCACAUCACUGUCCUGAAUGCCAGACCUAUACCAUCACCGAUAUCCACGAGGGAACGAGCACCAUUGUUGUCCCACCUCAGACUCUUCCUCCUGGCCAGUGCGGUGGAUGCCAAACCAUCACGAUUACCGACAUCCACGAGGGAACUAAGACUCUCACUAUCCCCCCUGAGACAACUAUUAUUACGGAGACUCCACCCCCAACAUCUAACCCACCACCAACCGUUACCGGUACCGGCGGACACCUACCAUCCGGGCCACAACCCACUUACACUCCCCCAACCCUGACCUCCCAGCAGCCCACUGGAACUGGCUCCCCACAGCGCCGAUGGUGGAACUAA